AUGUUGGCUGUUGUGACUAGUAGCGGCCCCAAAUCUAUUCAUAUUGACGCUGAAAGUGAAGCGCUGGAUGCAGCCAAACAAAUUCGAAGGAAAGUUGUUAGCAUGCCAAUUCGCGUUGUUGCUCAAUCGGAUAAUCGAAAUAGAACCACAUACAACAAUCUCUCGGUAGUGGAUGGUAAAGUAUUAAUAUUCUACGGAUCUGACAUAAAUGCGUCGACCCAUCUUGUAGAUAGAAAUAACAGCGAAAUGUUGGAAACAAAGUUUGAGGACUGGAAGAAGAAAUUGCUCUUCUUUAACACUCAUCAAGUAAUAGCCUUUCAUUUUACUGUGGUCAAUGGCACUGAACCGGAGGAUAGCGAAGAAAUAUUCAGGUAG